AAACGCUCUUAUUUCACUUUCAUUCUUUCACAGCUCGUCCCUCCACUUUCUCUCCUCCAGAUCUGAUCUCAAAACAAUACAGACUUUGAACUUUAUUUGCUUGUAAGUUGGAAAAUAUGGGCCGUGGAGUUAGCUGUGGUGGUGGGCAGAGCUCAUUGGGCUAUCUGUUUGGGAAUGGAGAAGCUCCAAAACCAGCCGCAAACAAUUCCCAAGGUGCUUCAACUGAAGCACCACCAGUUUCAAAACCUGUUCCUGCUGCUCAUGCACCUGCUGCUGAGCCAGCAGAUAGAGCCAAUCAGAUUCCUGCUGGUAUUAACAGUACCUCCUCAAACAAUUAUCUCCGUGCUGAUGGUCAGAACACUGGCAAUUUUAUUACGGAUCGACCUUCAACCAAGGUUCAUGCAGCCCCUGGAGGUGGGUCAUCUCUGAACUACCUCUUCGGUGGGGGACCUGGUGAUAGUAAAUGAGAUCGUGCCUUCAUAUAUCUUGAUAGGUGGGGUAUUGUUUGUUGAUUCUCGGGGAAGCCAUAGAUUCUGAAUGAUGCUGUUUUCGGAUCUUUUAAUAUAAGCAGCGGAAACUUGCUGCUGUUGCUUGUGUAAUAUACAGGCUUUUGUUGUGUGCUUGUUUGGUAAUGUUUCAAUCAAGAGUUCUCCAGAUUAGAUGCAAAAACAUCUAUUGCAGAGCUCCGUUACCCUGGGGAAAAAAAACAAUGUUAUAUUUCUUAUUCUAAAUUGUCAUGUUAUCAUGCCCCCGUUUUCUC